AUGACCGAAGACUCAUACAGUCUUGCCAAGAAUAUUGUAGCUGACUUGGAGGGAAACUUGGAGAGCCUCUUCCAAAGGCUGAGCAUCUGCAGGAAACAGGAAGUGUCGAUAGUACCAGAGAUUCUGGUGCAGAUAAUAGAGAACAACAGACCUCUACCACCUUCAAAAGUUCUAGCCAUGCAGCUACUUGUGCUCAACUUAGACAGUUUAGAGCAGAAAGGAGAGACAGCACAGCUGAUGAGCAGUGUCAGAUUUAUGUUCAGAGUCUCGGAAAUACUUAGAGCAGAUAUACAGGAGAACAUGCAAAGAGAAAGCAGCACUCCUCCACCGCACACAGCAACUAUCUUGGAAAUAUUCACGGCUGUGUUUGGUAAAUUAACACAGAGCGAAAAAGACACCAUGCUAACUUCUAUGGAGGAAGCGGGAAUAUUCCUUCUAAUCAAUGUUUGGAGCAGCUCUUACCUGCUGAAAAUGUACUCUAGUCUGCUGUCUGGCAUGGUAAACCAUGAAAAAGAUAAGAAAAACAACAAAAGAUCUGAGAGUAUGCCAUACAGGACUCUGGUAGAAGAAUCCGUCUUUAGCAUGAGCUCAGUCCUUGUGCACAGAAGAGACCCAUCCUACUUUAUGCCGAAGUAUUUCAGAAUAGAGCCAGAAAUAACAACGAAGGUGUACGACAAAAUAUUUGCAUUUCAAGACGAGUACGAAGUGGUGCACAAAUCACUGAUGAACUGGUGCGAAGGGUGCGGUGAUCUAAGAGGAGUAGAGUGGGUGACUGCAUGGCACCUGCAGAAUCUGUCGCAGCAAAUAGACAAUGGGACGUACGAAAAAGAAAUACUUUUUGUGCUGGGGGCUAUGUUUUACUCGAGUGUGCAAAACACCUUAUCAAGCGACAGCCUGGAGAACGUAAAUCUGUUCAAAGUGUACCUGGGGGUAAUUAAAGCAUGCAAAACAAGCAGCAGCCCAAGCAUCAAAGGCGUGGCCUCUGUUGCCUCGCAAAGACUCACGUCGCAAUCUGCAAAGUAUUUUAUGUCCACGAUCUCAUCAGCAAAAACAUCAAAAAAACAGAAAGCAAUUUCCCUGUACGGAUUGAGCACUCUUUGCAAUAUUUUGCUGGACGGAGACUUGCUGGGAGUGAAGAAAAUAGUUGAGAAACAGGCGGGCAGCAUACUUGAGCUGGUGGAGAUAGAGCCUGAAGGCGCUGUUACUUUGCACUGCACGGCAAUAAUUAACGUUCUAUCGGUUGUAGACAAAGUGCCUGUGCCGCUGUUCUCUCCUUCCAAGAUGUGUCUGGUCCUGUGGAUUCUUGAGCAUGGAGAAAUAAAAGACAAAAAAGCUAAAUAUUGGCUGGCACAGUACAUGAGCGAGCUAGCUUCUGUGUUCAGCCCAGCAGAAGACAACUCCAUUGCAAGAGCCCUCUGUUUCUGA